AUGGCCAAAAGCAAUCACUCAGCAGUGCCUGAGUUUAUCCUCUCGGGACUCACAGAUAAUCCAGAACUUCAAGCCAUUCUCUUUGGCAUAUUCCUGAUAAUCUAUUUCACUAGUGUCGUAGGUAACCUCGGUUUGAUUGUGCUAAUCCAGAUCAGUCCUCAGCUCCACACGCCCAUGUAUUUUUUUCUCAGCCAUUUGGCUUUUAUUGAUUUUUCUUUUACUUCGUCUGUCACCCCAAACACCUUGGUGAAUUUUCUGCGUGAAGUUAAAAGUAUAACAUUUUAUGCAUGUGCUGUUCAGUUGUGCGUCUUCAUCAUGUUUAUUGUUUGUGAACUAUAUUUGCUCGCAAUCAUGGCCUACGAUCGGUACGUCGCCAUUUGCAGCCCUUUACUCUAUGUCAUUCUCAUGCCUAGAAAACUCUGCAACCAAAUCAUGGCUUGCACAUACGUCUAUGGAUUCACUGUGGGUUUCAUAGAGACUGUGGCGACAUUCCGCUUGUCUUUUUGUGACUCCAACGUGAUCAACCACUUCUACUGUGAUGAUGUUCCGUUGGUUGCUCUGGCCUGCUCUGACACACGCAUCAAAGAGCUGAUGUUGUUAACCAUUGCUGGGUUCAAUACCCUUUGCUCUCUGCUGAUGGUGAUCAUUUCUUAUGUCUUCAUCUUCGUUGCCAUCCUGAGGACCCAUUCCGCUGAAGGAAGACAGAAAGCUUUUUUGACCUGUACUUCCCAUCUGACCUCCCUCACAAUAUUUUAUGGGACAAUCAUUUUUAUGCACCUACAGCCCAAGUCAAGCCAUUCUCUGAACACAGAUAAAUUUGCUUCAGUGUUUUAUGUGAUAGUGAUUCCCAUGUUAAACCCAUUCAUCUAUAGCUUGAGAAACAAGGAGGUAAAAAAUGCACUGAAAAGGAUUAAAGAAAAGUUGUGUUUGGCUAUCAAAUAA